CUGCUUUUAUGCUUUCUUCUGUUUCCCCCCAAGAAUUGGACCUUGGACAGAUUAGCACCCUAGAAAAGAGAGAGAAGCAGAAUGAUCCAUAAGGUGGCCUGGGAUGUAGUUGGCGAUGUCUACGCAGAAAGCGGACGGAGAGAAGGUCCCCCUCGGCCGAGUCAAGGCGAGAUGGGUAGAGAUCGUCGUUGGAUGAUGUGGAGAGCAAGGACUGGCUGGGUAGGCAACGGUGGCCACAAGCUGUCCAGGAAGGAUGUUUUCUUCCGCGGCAUAGAAAGGGAGCACUGUUUUGUUUGUGGUACAGCCUCUGUGUCUUUCCAGGGCAAACAAUAUGCAAGUCCUGCGAUGCCACAUGGUGCUUCGUCUGCUGCUGCUGCUGGUGUGCAGUGGGGUGCAGUGGGGUGCAGUGGAUGCGUCUGCCGUGUGUGUAGUCGUCUUGGAGCUGCUCUUAGACUACAGACACCCUCCCCACCCCCCUUUUUUUUGGUGCGUUUCUCCCUACCCCGUCCCUGUCUCCCACCCUUCCUUCUUCCUCCAUCCCCAUCUCAUCCUCCCUCUUCCCUCUUUUCUUUCUGAUGCAUACCCCACUCCUCCCCUGAUCUCUCCUCCCUGCCCUGUCUUUGUCUUUGGUCGAGUCCCUUUCUCUUUCUCUGUCUGUCUCUUCGUCCUUCUUCGUCCUUACUUCCUCCCAUUGCACGCCCGCACACUUCACCCAUACCAUACCAUAC